AUGAGAAUUAUUUCAUCUCUCUGUUUCAUUCACAAAACCGUGAUUCUAUCUUUCAAAUCGACUUCUUUCACUUAUUCAUCCAUUGCUGUCUCUAGUAAGUCCUCGUCAACUCUCAGCAGUAGAAUCUCCUCUAUCCCCUGUAAACUGGACCAGAAAAUUUUGGAGAAGUUGCUGGACGCUUGUGUUCUUGACAGGAAUCUGAUAUUGGGUAGACUGAUCCACUCAAAGAUUAUAACCGAUGGACUCGAGGGAGACUCAUUUUUUGCAACCAAGCUCAUCACCCUCUACUCCGUAUGUAGAGAUAUCCGAGUUGCUGAGUUGGUCUUUCGACGAGUUUCAAAUCAUAACGUCUUCCUACUUAAUGCCAUGAUCAGGGGCUAUUCUAAUAAUGAGCUUUAUCAGGAAGCCUUGGAUCUCUUUUACGAUAAGGUGAAAGAACGUUUUGAACCAGAUUCUUACACCUUUUCCUGUCUUUUGAAGGUUUGUGCUUCGUUAUCGGAUCUUCAGCAAGGAAAGCACAUCCAAAAGUUGGCUAUAGAAUACGGGUUUGAAUAUGAUAUCUUUGUCUGCAAUUCCCUCAUCGGCUUAUUUGGUAAGUGUGGAGAUAUAUUUCAUGGGAUUCAAUUGUUCGAGAGAAUGCCUCAGAGGGAUAUAGUUUCAUGGAAUUCGAUAAUUUCAGCUUACAUACAGAAUGGAUUUUAUUGGGAAGCCAUGAUGAAGGUCCGGGAGUUGGUCCAAAGUGGGUUACGACCAGAUGCAGUGACCAUAGUAAAUACUUUAUCAGUGUGUGAUACAGAUUUAACUGUUAGAGAAAUGCAUGGUUAUGUUUUGAGAAACGGACAUGAAUCAAUUGCCACAAUCUGUAAUUGCAUAAUUUCCAUGUAUGGAAAGUGUGGCAGAACUGAAGAAUCUCGUCUGCUUUUUUCUAGAAUGCUUAAACCAGAUAAAGUUGCCUGGAAUGCUGUGAUUUCUAGCUACGCUCAGAAUGGUUGCUUUGAGGAAAGUAUCCGACUUCUACGAGAUAUGAACCUUUCAGGAUUUGAUGCAGAUGUAAUCACUUACAGUGGGAUAAUUUCUUCUCUUUCUCAAAAUGGACAGCCCAGUGAAGCCGUGCAAAUUUUUAUUGAAAUGUUGGAUGUGGGAUUGAAACCAGAUGUUGUAACCAUAGCGAGUAUCCUCCCUGCGAUUUCUGAUUUGAAGCGCUUUGAUUUCUGUAAAGAGAUUCAUGGUUACGCUUACAGAAAUCAAUUAGAAUCUGACAAGAGAGUAAGAAAUGCCCUGAUAUAUGUUUACUGUAAAUGCGGUUUUAUCUCGAAUGCCUUCCAGGUUUUUGUAAAUAUCAAGGCAAAGGAUGUGAUCUCUUGGAGCUCAAUGGUUGUGGGUUAUGUACAGAAUGGUUAUUUCAAUGAAGCUCUGGACAUAUUCAGACAGAUGAUAGGAGAUCAAGCUGAACCAAACCCAAUUACCAUUACAAGUAUUCUUUCAGCUUGUGCAGGUAUCUCUGGCAUAAGACAAGGAAAAGAGGUACACAUUUGGGCCUUGAAGAAUGGAUUCGAGGAUCAGACAUUUGUGGGCAGUGCUCUUAUUGACAUGUACGCCAAAUGUGGAAGAAUUGAAGACUCCCAAAGAGUUUUUGAUCUCAUUAAAGAGAAGAACUUGGUCACUUGGAACUCGAUGAUCGGUGGGUAUGCUGUCCAUGGGCUUGGGCAGAAGGCUGUUGAAAUUUUCCAGAGGGUGGAAGAGCCUGAUCACAUUAGUUUUUUAACAAUUUUAUCAGCUUGCAACCAUGGAGGACUCGUUGAUGAAGGCAUCAGGAUUUUUAAUAGCAUGAAGGACUUUGGAAUAAUACCUAGAGAAGGCCAUUAUGCAUGUAUGGUGGACAUAUUGGGGCGAUCAGGGCAGUUGGAUGAAGCUUUGACUUUAAUAAGAACAAUGCCUGUAGAAGCUAAUCAGGAUAUUUGGGGUGCUUUGCUUGGUGCAUGUAAAAUUUACUCAAAUCUGGAGAUUGGAAUUUAUACGGGAUCCCGGAUAAUUGAAUUGGGCUGUGAGAAUCCUGGACACUAUGUGCUGUUAUCAAAUAUAAUGGCGGAUUUCAGGAAGUGGGAAGAUGUGGAGACAAUGAGGAAGAUGAUGAAAGAGAAGGGUGUGAGGAAAGUUACUGCUUGCAGCUGGAUAGAGGUGAAUAAGGGUGUGCACUCCUUUGUUGCCAAGGGAGGACUACAUCCAGACCGGGAGAAUCUAUUCAAAAUUUUGGAGAGCUUGAAUGAGCAGAUGAAGGAGCUGAGCUAA